AAAUCCCCAACUCCCCCCCGACUCUUCGUCCUCCUCUCACUCCACUCCCAGUCUCCCCUGCCCUCUCUCUCUCUCUCACAGAUCAUCAGAUCCGCCAUUAAAGGGAAGGAUCGGAGCAGCAACAAACCAAACCGUAGCCCUAGCCCUAGCCCUAGCAAGCAGCGUCGAGGGGAGGGGGAUGUCGCUGUUCGUGGAGAAGACGUCGGGGGGGCGGGAGUACAAGGUGCGGGAGCUGUCGCAGGCGGACUUCGGGCGGCUGGAGAUCGAGCUGGCGGAGGUGGAGAUGCCGGGGCUGAUGGCCUGCCGGGCGGAGUACGGCGCCAGCCUGCCCUUCAAGGGCGCGCGGAUCUCCGGCUCGCUCCACAUGACCAUCCAGACUGCCGUCCUCAUCGAGACCCUCACCGCCCUCGGCGCCGACGUCCGCUGGUGCUCCUGCAACAUCUUCUCCACCCAAGACCACGCCGCCGCCGCCAUCGCCCGCGACUCCGCCGCCGUCUUCGCCUGGAAGGGCGAAACCCUCCACGAAUACUGGUGGUGCACCGAGAGGUGCCUUGAUUGGGGUGCCGGCGGUGGGCCAGACCUGAUCGUGGACGACGGUGGCGACGCCACGCUGCUGAUCCAUGAGGGGGUCAAGGCUGAGGAGGAGUACGAGAAGUCCGGGAAGAUGCCCGACCCGGACUCGACGGACAACCCCGAGUUCAAGAUUGUGCUGGGGCUGAUCCGGGACGGGCUGAAGGUGGACCCUAACAAGUACCGGAAGAUGAAGGAGCGCCUCGUCGGCGUGUCGGAGGAGACGACGACGGGGGUCAAGAGGCUGUACCAGAUGCAAGCCACUGGGACCCUGCUGUUCCCCGCGAUCAACGUUAACGACUCCGUCACCAAGAGCAAGUUUGACAACCUGUAUGGGUGCCGCCACUCGCUCCCGGACGGGCUGAUGAGGGCGACAGAUGUGAUGAUCGCCGGCAAGGUCGCGGUCGUCUGCGGCUAUGGUGAUGUGGGCAAGGGCUGCGCUGCCGCUUUGAAGCAGGCUGGAGCCCGUGUGAUUGUGACGGAGAUCGACCCCAUCUGCGCCCUCCAGGCCCUAAUGGAGGGCAUCCCCAUCCUCACCCUUGAGGACGUCGUGUCCGAGGCUGACAUCUUCGUCACCACCACUGGCAACAAGGACAUCAUCAUGGUCGACCACAUGAGGAAGAUGAAGAACAACGCUAUCGUGUGCAAUAUCGGGCACUUUGAUAACGAGAUCGAUAUGCUCGGAUUGGAGACCUACCCAGGCGUCAAGCGCAUCACCAUCAAGCCCCAGACCGACCGGUGGGUAUUCCCCGACACCAGCUCAGGAAUUAUCGUUCUUGCUGAGGGGCGGCUUAUGAACCUCGGGUGCGCUACCGGCCACCCCAGCUUUGUCAUGUCCUGCUCCUUCACCAAUCAGGUGAUUGCUCAGCUGGAGCUGUGGAAGGAGAGGAGCAGUGGCAAGUACGAGAAGAAGGUGUACGUGCUGCCGAAGCACCUCGACGAGAAGGUUGCGGCCCUCCACCUCGGCAAGCUCGGGGCCAAGCUCACCAAGCUCACCCCGUCCCAAGCCGAGUACAUCAGCAUCCCGAUCGAGGGCCCCUACAAGCCCCCGAACUACCGAUACUGACGCGAACAAAUUCGAUUCGCUGUCGCCAUUCGUUUAUAUCUCGCUUUUAUUUAAUUCUCUCCCCUCCUUUUGCUCCUGCCCAUUUCCAUUCUUCUUUAGGAUGUUUGUUUUGCUUGUUGUUUGUUGAGUUCUAAUAAAUUGAUGUGAGGUGAUGAUGCAGUAGUGGUGAGAUAAAAUUUUAUUUGUUUCAUUCUUUCUUGCUUGAAGACACUGGCAAGGAGUCAAAAUUAAUCUCCCUUCCUCUGCUUCUUCUGUAUUUGUUGUUGUUUUCCUCCUCAUCAAUGGAAAUAACUAAUUAUUUUUUUUCUACA